AUGCUUAACUAACCAUUCAAACCAACCAACAAGGUUGUAUCUCUUCAUUCUAUUAUGAAUAAUAUCAAGAGAUAGAACAAACAAAAGACUAGAUCCAUUAGUUAUCACUCUAAUCAAAUUAAAUCAGAAGGACAAUCUAUUCAGUUAAGAGAUGAUGAUUCGAAAAAACUCAAUGAUCAAAUUAAAUAGAAGGAUGAACUUAUUAAUUAAUUGUAAUCAUAAUAACAAUCCUUUCGCAAAUAACUCAAUGAGAUAUUCGAAGUUAAUCAUGAUAAUGAUGAAUCACUCAUUUUGCACAUAUAUUCAUCUAUCAUUCAAUUCAAAAAGGAUAGGACUCAAUAUCUACAAUAAGAUGAAAUUAAUAGCAAAGUCAUCCUCCAUUACAAAUAGCUAUUGUAAUGUAAAUCUGAUUCAUUUAUUUAGAAAGUACUGAUAUAAUAGCAAAUUAAGAGGAAUAAUUAACUAGUCAAUAACAAUUAUUAAUUACAUUAACUAAUUAACUUAAAGAAAAUGAAUUGUUAUAGCAUUUGAAUACAUCCCAUUAAGAAGUAUAUUAUUAUCUUUAAAAUAUUAAGAAAUAAUACAUGUCCAAAAUUGAAUCUUUGUAAAGUUAAAUUGAUAAAUUUCGAAAUGCUAGUCUCUUAACUACUUUUAGAAGAGAAGAUUCUUUACAAUAUAACAAAUUAUAACAUCUAUGUAAAUUACUAUCAUCAAAUCCAGAAGAAAUAGAAGAAGAAAUUCUAUAAUUUAUUCGCAAUACUUUUUAAUUUUAUUAAGCAAUUGGAAAUUAAUAAAGUAAUCCAUAUUCUAAUUUAGUUUAUGCUUUUAUUAAAAGUUAAUUCGAAAAUGAAAGGAUUCAAUUGACAUUCAAUCUAAAUUAAAUUAAUAAUGAAGUAAUCAAAGUAUUGAUAAACAAAUUUGAUUUAGACAAUGAUAUCGAAUAAGAAAUGGAACAAUUAAUUCUAUUGAAAUAAAUUAAAUCUCAUAAUAAUUAAAUAUUAUAAUUCAUUGAUUAAUUGGGAGAAUUUAUAAUUGUUAAAUUAUAAAAUUAUAAAAGAAAUGAAAUAUCCAGAAUCAUGUUAAUACAAAAUUUAGUUAAUUUGAAAAGAUAAAUCAUAAAGAAACUUUGA